UCGCUUCGCUUCUCUCGUCCCCUGCGACGCGGUGCGCUGCCAAUUGCCAAAUUCUGGGGGAUCCACACCUCACCAUCCGCCACCAGCCGCUGCCUGCCCCUGCCCCUGCCGCUGCCGCUGCCGCUGCCGCGCGCCUGCAUUGCCUGCCUGGUUAGUAGUACUACUAGUAGCAGUAGUAUUCGCGACGAGUGAACAGAGCCGCGCUUAUAUUACCCACCGCCGACUGCUGCUGGUGCCCGGAGCUUAGCGCGUAAGCUGUGAGAGCAUCGGAGGCGAACGCGCCUUGCGGGGAGCGGCGGGGUGAGGGGGAGACAGGGGGCUCGCGGGGCGGGAGCGAGAUCUUGUUGCGUGCGUCAGGCGGCAUGAAGCCCCCGCUGUGGCCGGGGCUAGCGCCCGCGGCGGGGUCUCCCGACGCCGCGCCCGAGCCGGCCAAGCCCUCGCUGCCCGCCGCGUGGCUUCUGCUGCACGCGCUCUUCUGCGCCACCUCCAUGGCCGUCGGAUUCCGCUUCUCCCGUCUCAUCGUCUACCUCCUCUUCCUCCCGACCCCGCCCAUCAACCCCGCCGCGCAUCUCGUCUCCCUCGUUUCCCCGCCCGUCAUGCUCGCCGGCAGUAACGCCACCGCGACGAUCACCACCACCACCACCACAACCACCACCACCGUCACCACCACCACCACCGUGGCCGCUGAGAUCGGGACCCACGCGCACGUCCACCACGGCCCGGUGUUCGUGGGGCGGCAUUCGAUCCGCGUCCGCCCAUGGCCCCACCCGGACCCCAACGAGCUCCUCAAGGCCCACCGCAUCCUCGCCGCCGUCCAGAACGCACAGCGCAGCAGCAGGCACCGCGGCGCCGGGCCGGCGAGACCCGUCAUUGCCGUCACCCCGACCACCACCUCGGCGCUCCAGGUCCCCUCCCUGACCUCCCUGGCGCACACGCUCCGCCUCGUCGACGCCCAGCUCAUUUGGAUCGUCGUCGAACCUGGCCACCGCACCGACGCCGUCGCCGCCGUGCUCUCCCGCUCCAACCUCGACUUCCUCCACAUCACCGGCCCCGGUGACUCCACCGCGCAACUGCGAAUGCACGCCCUCAGGGAGAUUCGGAACAAGCGAAUGGACGGCGUCGUGGUGUUCGCCGACGAGAACAGCAUCCUCCGGACGGAGCUGUUCGACGAGGCGCAGAAGGUGAAUUCCGUGGGCGCGGUGCCCGUCGGCAUCCUGGGCGUGGACGACGGGACCAGCGAGUCGUUCCUCCAAGCGCCGUCGUGCGACGCGGCGGGGAAGCUGGUGGGCUACCACGUGUCGGAGGAGACCGUGCUGCCGGCGAACCGGAGCGACAUGCUGCUGUCGAGCAGGCUGGAGUGGGCCGGGUUCGUGCUGAACGCGCGGGCGCUAUGGGAGGGCGCCAUGGAGCGGCCCGAGUGGGUACGCGAUCUCGACGCCAUCGACGACGCCGACGAGCGCGUCACCAGCCCGCUCUCGCUGGUCACCAACGCCGGCCGCGUCGAGCCACUCGCCAGCUGUGCACAGUCGGCGCUCGUGUGGUCGCUCCGGUCGGACAGUCUACACGAGGUCAAAUUCCCACACGAGUGGAAAAUCGAUCCUCCUCUGCUGAAUACUGGUGCACGGCAACAAACUGUUCAACCAGAAACAUCACUGAAGCGAACUACUCUAGCAAGCACUGAACAUCAGCACUAGAGGUCAUUUUUUUCUGUGGACAAUAGAAAUCUCCCAAGGUUUGUCAAACGUCUCAACUGAUGCGUCUAUGCCUCGUCGAGUAGUCAGUGGCAAGCGCUGUCAAGCAACAUAAGCCAGCUCAGCUCAGCCCAGCUCAUUUCUUUGGACCCUUCUUUGUCUAAACCACUUUGUAUCGCCGUGUACAAUAGCUAAAAGUUUAAUUAUCUGUACCGCCCAUCACUUCUCAGUAGAUAGUAUUUUAGGCAUAUUGUUUUCGUGUAAAAUAGAUCAGAGCAGAGAGUUGCAAAAUUGAUGUGGUCUGGGAGUUAAAAACAUUGGUUGUACACCUGGAUGAAAAUAAUAACUACCCAGUUUUCACUUUUU